CGCCGCCGCCCCGCCGCCGCCGGCUCCCGCCGCCCGGGCCCGGCCGGCCGCGCCGGGGGCCGCCGCGCUCGCCGCUGCCCGCCGUGGCCGCCGACAUGGACACCAAACAUUUCCUGCCGCUCGACUUCUCCGCCCAGGUGAACUCCUCGCCCCUCGGCCCCCCCACGGGGCGCGGGCCCAUGGCCGCCCCCUCGCUGCACCCCUCCCUGGGGCCCGGCGUCGGCUCCGCACUCGGCCCCCCGGGGCAGCUGCACUCACCCGUCAGCACCCUGAGCUCCCCCGUCAACGGCAUGGGCCCGCCCUUCUCGGUCAUCAGCCCGCCCAUGGGCCCCCACUCCAUGUCUGUGCCCGCCACGCCCGCCCUGGGCUUCGGCACCGGCAGCCCCCAGCUCAACUCGCCCAUGAACCCCGUCAGCAGCACCGAGGACAUCAAGCCCCCGCUGGGCAUCAAUGGCGUCCUCAAGGUCCCCGCCCACCCCUCAGGGAACAUGGCGUCCUUCACCAAGCACAUCUGCGCCAUCUGCGGGGACCGCUCCUCAGGCAAGCACUACGGCGUGUACAGCUGCGAGGGCUGCAAGGGCUUCUUCAAGCGCACGGUGCGCAAGGACCUGACCUACACCUGCCGGGACAACAAGGACUGCCUCAUCGACAAGCGCCAGCGCAACCGCUGCCAGUACUGCCGCUACCAGAAGUGCCUGGCCAUGGGCAUGAAGCGCGAGGCCGUGCAGGAGGAGCGGCAGCGGGGCAAGGACCGGAGCGAGAGCGAGGUGGAGUCCACCAGCAGCGCCAACGAGGACAUGCCGGUGGAGAAGAUCCUGGAGGCCGAGCUGGCCGUCGAGCCCAAGACCGAGACGUACGUGGAGGCCAACGUGGGGCUGAACCCCAACUCGCCCAAUGACCCCGUCACCAACAUCUGCCACGCGGCGGACAAGCAGCUCUUCACGCUGGUGGAGUGGGCCAAGCGCAUCCCGCACUUCUCGGAGCUGCCGCUGGACGACCAGGUCAUCCUGCUGCGGGCGGGCUGGAACGAGCUGCUCAUCGCCUCCUUCUCCCACCGGUCCAUCGCCGUCAAGGACGGCAUCCUGCUGGCCACCGGGCUGCACGUGCACCGGAACAGCGCCCACAGUGCGGGCGUGGGCGCCAUCUUUGACAGGGUCCUGACCGAGCUCGUGUCCAAGAUGCGGGACAUGCACAUGGACAAGACGGAGCUGGGCUGCCUGCGGGCCAUCGUCCUCUUCAACCCGGACUCCAAGGGGCUCUCGAACCCGGCCGAGGUGGAGGCCCUGCGGGAGAAGGUCUACGCGUCCCUGGAGGCCUACUGCAAACACAAGUACCCGGAGCAGCCGGGCAGGUUUGCCAAGCUGCUGCUGCGCCUGCCAGCCCUGCGCUCCAUCGGCCUCAAGUGCCUGGAGCACCUGUUCUUCUUCAAGCUCAUCGGGGACACGCCCAUUGACACCUUCCUCAUGGAGAUGCUGGAGGCCCCGCACCAAAUGACUUAGGCGCCCGGCGCCCGCCCGGCCGGCCGCCCGCUGCUGUCCUGGGCGAGCCCGCCCCUGCCCCCCUCUGCGGGGCCCGCGUGGACCUGGGGGUGCGGCCCGUCACUGCUAAGCCUAAGAGAGAUGUUGCCACCCUCGUU